GCUGACUCGCAGAACCAGUUGGUUUGGCCCAGCGUCUUCUUUUCCUGCCUCCUCACUGAGUGAGUGAACUGCCGCUGCUGCGGCUGCUGUCAGCCUACGCCAACGUGAGAAAAAGAAGACAUAUCCCUUCCUCUCUCCUCCUCUGUGAGACGGCCUUCACUUUCUUUUUCCUCCUCCUCUUCCUCCUCCUCGCCGGCACCGCGCCGUGCCACACAGCCAACUCGCCUCGGUUCGAGUUCAGCAGCAACAAGCUCGGAAACAUCUGGCCGCCGCAGAGUGCUCCACUCCCCCGGUUCCCGCACAGCGCCUGCUCGCCCUCUGGCAGCCUGUUAUGGAAAUUAAACCAAAGUCAACCUAGUUUGGUCUCCAGAAGAGAAGAAAAAAGAAGAAGAGGAAGAUUUGACGGGGGGAGAACCUUGUUGUCUUGAGAAGGAUACGCGGCCAGUCAGAGAGCCCGGCUAUCCUGCCACACUGGAGUUAAUCAAGUUGAUGCGUACUGCUGCAGGUUAUGAGGACGGCAGGAUGGAGUUCCCAGACCACAGCAGACAUUUACUCCAGUGUCUGAGCGAGCAGCGGCACCAGGGCUUCCUGUGUGACUCUACGGUGCUGGUGGGCGAUGUCCAGUUCCGUGCCCACCGCGCUGUGCUGGCCUCCUGCAGCAUGUACUUCCACCUGUUCUACAAGGACCAGCUGGACAAGAGGGACGUGGUGCACCUCAACAGUGACAUCGUGACUGCACCGGCUUUCUCCCUGCUCCUGGAGUUCAUGUAUGAAGGCAAGCUUCAGUUCCAGGACCUUCCUGUGGAGGAUGUGCUAGCGGCGGCCAGCUACUUGCACAUGUAUGACAUUGUCAAGGUGUGUAAGAAGCGCUUAAAGCAAAAGGCCACCGCAGAGGCAGACAGCACUCGCAGAGAGGACGACGGCGGGUCCAGCUGCUCCGACAAGGCUGAUAGUUUAUCCGAUGGCUCAACAGGCCGGCCUGCUACCGCCGAUCUGCUGCACAGUGAUGAAGAAGAGGAGGGGAAGGCUGAGGGAAGCCAGCUGUGGCUGAGGUUGCCGUCCACGGACAGACCAGGGACGCCGGGUGGGGCUACGACCAGCCCAGGGCAUGGAGAGGCAGAGACCCAGCCGGGUGAAGGCCUGGGGGAGGGAGGGAAGGUGCUGUCUCCAGCCGGCAGCCCCAGCAGCUCCACCGGAUCUCUCUCCCAGAGGUCCCACCGCUCAAUAAGCUCUCGAGUCGGGCACAGAGGCAGAAGGGUUUCAAACGACGCGUCCGACUGCGUCCUGGACCUGUCCGUGAAGCCGAUUGCUGUCAGCAACCACAGCAACCACCAUCCAUCCUUCUUCAGUGGGGCAGCUACACCUGACAGCCUGCAGAGCCCAAUGACUGUGAGGGUGAAGGUGGAGAGAGGUGUCGCCUCAGAUGAAGAUGAGGAACUGGGAGGGGCUGACUAUGACAUGGAGCACAGCGGCCUGAGUAAAACCCAGGUUCCCAGCACCAACGGAGGCCUGACCCACCACGGGGUGGGGGGGCCUCUGUCGGCCCAGAGGAGGUUGGGUCUGGAGGCUCACCUGUCUGCUCUGAGAGAGGCGUCUCUGGCCUCCGAGCUGGAGCGCGAUGAGAAGCCUCCAGCCUCAGCAGACGACGAGGACAUCCUGGGGGGAGAAAACGAGCGCGCCCAGGCCGAAGCGGCCAGCAUGGACAACUCGUUGCUGCCUUACGUUUCCAACAUGCUGUCGGCCCAACACACCCAGAUCUUCAUGUGCCCGCUGUGCAACAAGGUGUUCCCCUCUCCACACAUCCUCCAGCUUCACCUCAGCUCCCACUUCAGGGAGCAGGAGGGCAUCCGCUCCAAGCCCGCCGGGGACGUCAACGUUCCCACCUGCACCAUCUGCAGCAAAACAUUCUCCUGCAUGUACACGCUGAAGCGCCAUGAGCGGACACACUCGGGUGAAAAGCCCUACACCUGCACUACCUGCGGCAAGAGCUUCCAGUACUCUCACAACCUCAGCCGCCACGCUGUGGUGCACACACGCGAGAAGCCGCAUGCGUGCAAGUGGUGCGAACGGCGCUUCACGCAAUCCGGGGACCUCUACCGACACAUCCGCAAGUUCCACUGCGAACUGGUGAACUCGCUGUCAGUGAAGAGCGAGCCGCUAGCGCUGCCCAACGUCAGGGAUUGGGCGAUCGAGGACAGCUCCCAGGAAUUAUGGAAGUAGAAUCAGACUGUUGGGGUUGAGAAAAAGAAAGGCAGAGAUGCUUGGGGAGGUGAGAGGAAGGCGGCAGAGUUAAGCAGCCGGGGUUUUCAGUGAGUCAUAUACUUCUUCGUUGCGACAUCUCAUUCAACCGCACUUUAAUAGCACCUGAAAAAUGUUACUACUGACUUAUUUUAUUGUCUGUUUGGGGUCAUGUUUUAUUUUAUGUGAAAGUCCAGUUAUCAUAUGGCGUUAGUUCUCUUUUAUGUUUGUUUUUUGUUUUUUUUUUGCAUCUGAGGACACACGUUCCUCCAUGAGUGUCUUUUAUUUAACUUUUAUUUAUUUAGCUGUUUUUGAAAGAGUUGUUUUUUUUUCCUCCAUUUGUCUGUUUCACCCCAGAGACAACACUCCCAUCGCCGCAACCCCCCCCCCCCCCUGCUCCACAAAAGGCGCGCUCCUCUACAGGGGUUCAUAUUAAAAUGCUGAAGUAAAAGAAAAACAAUACACUAAUAAACAAAAAAAAAAAAAAACGGGUACUGUGAGGCCACCCCGCACGGCAUUGGCAUCCGUACGCCUGCUCCCAUUCAAUUCUGCACUACUCUGGCAAAAACAAACACACAAAAAGAAGAAAAGUCACCUAUCAUGUGUGAGCGUGUGUGAGUGCAUUUUGUGUGUAUUAAAUUAGAUUUCCCUCCUGGCAUGAAGGUGUCGUUGGCGAGCGCUCCCCACUUCUCUCGUUAAGCUCUUUGGUGUUGUGUUGGUGUGUUCAGGGGAAAGCUGACUGACUAACCGAUGGCACUCAUGCAAUGCACAGCCUCCUUUUUUCACUUCCAAUCAAUCUGAAGUAUUUUCUAAAAAUGAGAAGACCUUUACAAAUAUUAUUAUUAUUGAUGAUUUUUCUUUUCUUGAAUCUAGCUGGCAGUCUUUAAAACAUCUCUUGUUGUAAAGGUAUUUAAUUUAAGGUUGUUGUAUAUUGUUCUGUUAUAGUUGAAAGACUUUAAUCCCUUACAUUUUUUUUAACUUAAUAAUAAUUAUUAUUAAUAUUAUUAUUUUUUUGUAACAGGACCUGCUGUUGUUGCAUGAUGUCCAAAACCUGUAUAUUUUAAAAUGAAAAUGUGAAUCUGCUGUAUUACUGUACACAUUGUAAUUGAUCAACUAUUUGAGAACAGGCUUUUGUUUUUUUUUCCCUUCUAUUUUUGUGAAUACUACAGGGAGCGAACUGUUUUUAAAAAGAAAAACUAUCACUCUCGGUUUUUAAAGGGAGGAAAAAUGCAUGAAGAUUUGGAUUUUGAUUUUGUCUUAAACUUUUAGUUUAGUUUUUUUUUUUUUGUUGGCAUCAGAAGGGGAGGGGUAGGGGUGUUUUUGAACAGUUCAUUUGUUGGUGAAAAGUUGUCUCUGUUGAUUCGCUCCUAGUAGGUCUCUCGCUCGGGGUCCUGGAGGAAACAUUAUAGAAAGGCGACAUGAAGCAUUUUAAGCCUGUCUUUAUGCACUGAUUUCUCUGCUGUGUGUGUGUGUGCGUGUGUGUUUACCAGUUGAUUGAACCUACUGAAGCUCUACAUCCACCCAGCACUUGGUCCUCCUGCUCCUCCUCAGGCAUUAAAUGUCCCCACUGCUUUC